UUUUCUUCAUUACACACACGCACAUAUCUCAUACACACUCGAUUCAUUUAACACAUUCAUUCGAUGAAAGACUUUUUUGGUGUUAUAUUACAAAGUAACAAUGAGAAAAUUCGAUUUUCAACAUCGAUAAAAUUGACUAUACCAAUAACUACUGAAAACGAUAAAAAUAAAAGUGAACAUUCGAUCGACGACAAUUCAUAUAUUCAAAUUGUAGUUACUGUUCCAGAUUUUAAUAAUAAUAACGAAAAAGAUUCGAAAGAAAAUAAGGAAGAAAUUAUAACUAUUGUAAGCGCUGAUAAUCAAGCAGGACAAUUACCAAUCAUGCCCCCAAACGCUGAUUCAUCCGCUACAACUACCAUUUUUGAACAAAAAACCGAAUCAAAUUAUCUUGAUGCUGAUGAUGUAGAUCAGACAAAAUCAUCGGCUAAUCAAAAUGGUGUAAGGCUACGCGGUCAUCAACAAAUUGAUAAUGAUGUUAAUAUUGGCCAUCAACCAAAUCAAUUGAUGAUGGUAUCAAAAAAAUUGGUUGAAAAAGCCGGUACUAUGGAACAUGCAAUGAUGUGCAUGUUACAUAAUGCAUGGAAUUUACGACAUUUUCAUCACCUACCACAGUGGCUACAGGAUAAUGAUUAUUUAUUAUUCGGUCAUCGACCACCAUUAGCUUCGUUCACAGCAUGCUUUUGGUCAAUUUUUCGAUUGCAUACGGAAACAAUGAAUAUAUGGACCCAUGGCCUCGGAUGUAUUACUUUUGUUUUAUUAAGCAUUUAUCUAUUUGUAGCCAGUGCAUAUGCAACGAUACCGAUAAUUGAUAAAAUAAUGUUAGGUAUUUUUCUCUGCACUGCCAUACUUUGUUUGGCAUUCUCCACUUGUUAUCAUACACUUGCAUGUCAUUCACAUCAGGUUUUAGUUUUGGUUUGCAAACUGGAUUAUUGUGGUAUUUCAUUGUUGAUUGCUGGCUCAAUUGUUCCCUGCCUUUAUUAUGCAUUUUAUUGUUCAUUUUAUUCACAAAUCACAUAUACAAUAAUGACAAUUUCCCUUUGUGCUGCUUCCGUGACUGUAUCAUUUUCGGCAAAAUUUUCUGAACCACAAUAUCGACCAUUACGUGCUACUGUAUUUUUUUCAUAUGCAUUCUUCAGUUUUAUACCGGCUGUUCAUUGGUUUUUGGUACAUUCCGAUGAUGAAACUUUUUAUCAUUCAUCAUUUCGCACCGCAAUUUUUUGUCUAGCAGCAAUGGCCAUUCUUUAUAUCAUUGGUGCUGUUCUAUAUGCAUCGCGUAUACCGGAGCGAUUUUAUCCUGGAAAGUUUGAUUUCUAUUUUCAUUCGCAUCAAUUAUUCCAUAUAUUUGUGAUACUGGCUGCCAUUUGUCAUUUACGUGGCAUAACAAGUAUGGCCGAUUUUCGUCUAUUCGUACAACAAUCAACUUGUCAAUUGUAAAAUUCUAACGUACUAAUUUGACAAUGAAUGUAAAUAAAUUUGAUCGAAAUCAUAUCAAAAAAAAAUCGAUUUCAAUGGACCCAGUUUCCUUUCAUUAUUAUCAUCAUUAAU